AAUCAACAAAUAAAUAAAUAAUCGAUGUCCAAAUCAGAUUUUUGUACGUAACCUUAAUAAAUCUAUUCCGAUAAGUCUACUUAAAAACCGUUCAAAAAAAUAUUCUCGAAUCACUUCAAUUUCACUUCGUCUUACUUCAAUCACACUAUCUAUCUAUCUAUAUUCAACUGAAUCUCCUCCACUUUUGUCUGAAUCUAUUUGAGUGUUCCGGCGAAAUCGUGAAUAUAUUUGCGUUUUCCGGCGGCAAUGGCGACGGAGGGUGAAUCGUCGAAUCCGACGGACGCGGUGUUGUUCGUGGGGAUUUCGUUGGUGUUGGGGAUCGCAUCCAGACAUGUGCUAAGAGGAACUAGGGUUCCGUAUACAGUUGCUCUGCUUGUUAUUGGUAUCGGCUUGGGAUCAUUAGAAUAUGGAACAAGCCAUCGAUUAGGAAAGGUUGGCGAUGGAAUUCGGAUUUGGGCAAAUAUUGAUCCUGAUCUUCUGUUAGCUGUUUUUCUCCCUGCUCUUCUUUUUGAAAGUUCAUUUUCAAUGGAGGUGCACCAGAUAAAGAAAUGUAUGGCUCAAAUGGUACUUCUUGCCGGGCCUGGGGUUCUAAUAUCCACAUUCAUUCUCGGCGCAGCAUUGAAGUUAAUUUUUCCAUAUAACUGGAGUUGGAAAACAUCAUUGCUUCUUGGAGGACUUUUAAGCGCUACCGAUCCUGUUGCCGUAGUUGCAUUGUUAAAAGAGCUCGGUGCAAGCAAAAAACUGAGUACGAUUAUCGAAGGAGAAUCAUUAAUGAAUGACGGGACGGCAAUCGUUGUGUAUACACUUUUUUUCCGAAUGGUAACGGGAUCGACGUUCAGCUGGGGUACCAUCAUCAAGUUCUUGUCGCAAGUAUCUCUUGGAGCUGUAGGAAUGGGUAUCGCGUUUGGUCUGGUGUCUUACUUGUGGCUCGGGUUUAUAUUCAACGAUACUGUGAUAGAAAUUACAUUGACUCUUGCUGUGAGCUACCUUGCUUACUUCGUGUCUCAAGAAGGUGCUGAUAUAUCUGGAGUAUUAACAGUGAUGACGUUGGGAAUGUUCUAUGCUGCUGUUGCUAGAACGGCUUUCAAAGGUGAAGGGCAACAAAGCUUGCAUCAUUUCUGGGAAAUGGUGGCAUAUAUCGCUAAUACACUGAUCUUCAUCUUGAGUGGAGUAGUGAUAGCUGAAGGUAUACUCGGAGGUGACAGUAUACUUAAACACGAGGAAAAUGUGUGGGGGUAUCUCAUCCUCCUAUACGUGCUGCUACAACUCUCACGGGCCAUAGUGGUUGGGUCAUUAUAUCCCUUGCUCAGUUAUUGCGGUUACGGCUUGGACUGGAAAGAAGCUACUGUACUUGUGUGGUCCGGUUUGAGAGGCGCUGUCGCGUUGUCACUUUCUCUGUCGGUUAAGCAAUCUAGUGACACGUCAUCAUACAUAAGUCGUGAAACAGGAACCCUGUUUGUGUUCUUCACCGGCGGAAUUGUGUUUCUAACACUCAUUAUAAACGGGUCAACUACUCAAUUUGUUUUGCGGAUGCUACAAAUGGAUAAGCUGUCAGCAGCUAAGACGCGUAUACUGGAGUACACCAAGUAUGAAAUGAUGAGCAAAGCGCUAGAAGCUUUCGGUGAUCUUGUAGAUGAUGAGGAAUUAGGACCUGCUGAUUGGUCUACCGUCAAGAAAUACAUCACAAGCUUGCAAGACUCUGAAGGAGAGCGUAUGCACCCUCAUACUUCAUUAGAGGAUGGCAACAAUGUGGACCACAUGCAUCUAUCAGAUAUACGUAUACGUUUUUUAAACGGUGUACAAGCUGCUUAUUGGGUGAUGCUAGAGCAAGGUAGGAUCACACAGUUUACCGCAAACAUUUUGAUGCAAUCCGUGGAUGAAGCGCUUGAUUUGGUGUCGUCACAACCGCUAUGUGAUUGGAAUGGGUUAAAAGCUAAUGUUCGUUUCCCUAAUUAUUAUAAGUUUCUGCAAUCAACCACGAUUCCACGCAAGCUUGUAACUUACUUCACAGUUGAAAGGUUGGAAUCUGCAUGUUACAUUUCGGCUGCUUUUCUCCGUGCCCAUAGAAUUGCGCGACAGCAACUACACGACUUUAUUGGGGAUAGUGAAAUUGCAUUGGCAAUAAUUAACGAGAGUGAGACCGAAGGAGAGGAAGCAAAAAAGUUUCUGGAAGACGUUCGCACUACUUUUCCACAGGUUUUACGUGUUUUGAAAACAAGGCAAGUGACAUAUUCGGUGCUCAAUCAUCUAAUCGAAUACGUUCAAGAUCUCGAGAAGUCUGGAUUAUUAGAGGAGAAGGAAUUGGUUCAUAUUCAUGAUGGUGUCCAGACCGACUUGAAGAAACUUUUAAGAAAUCCUCCGUUAGUUAAGAUUCCCAAAGCGCAUGAUUUAAUUAGCGCCAAUCCGCUACUGGGAGCCCUUCCAUCAACCGUGCGUGAGAAAAUCGCGGGGUCCACCAAGGAGACGAUGAAACUACGCGCAGUGACUCUAUACCGCGAGGACUCCAAAGCAAACGGCGUCUGGCUGAUAUCUAACGGUGUCGUAAAGUGGGAUAGCACGAAAAUCAAAAAAAGGUAUUCGUUGCAUCCAACGUUCGCACACGGAAGUACUCUGGGCUUAUACGAGGUCCUGACCGGAAAGCGUUACAUGUGUGACAUUAUUACUGAUUCUGUGGUUCUUGGUUUCUUCAUUGAAGCCGAAAAGAUAUUGUCGGUGCUCGGAACCGAUGAUGCAGUUGAUGACUUUUUGUGGCAGGAAAGCUCAAUCAUACUCUCGAAACUCUUGGUCCCGCAAAUCUUUGAGAAAAUGACGAUGCAUGACCUACGGACUCUUGUGGCAGAAAGAUCAACUAUGAACACGUAUAUAAGCGGAGAGAGUUUUGAUUUGCCUCAGAAUAUGAUCGGUCUGUUAUUAGAAGGAUUCAUUAAAACGCAGGGUACGUUAGAACUUAUUACCGCACCAGCUGCACUAUUCCCGUCAUAUGGCGACCGCAGUUUCCGAGUGUCAGAAAUAGCAGCAGCCGGAAGCUUUUGUCACCAUGCAACCUCGUACGUAGUUGAGACAAGGUCACGGGUGAUGAUGUUUGAGAUUAGUGGAUUUGAAGGAACUAGAACCCUUCAGAGGAGGGCGUCUUCGUUAAUAUCACAUGGCGGGGCGGGGGAUAACCCGUCCCCGGCCCGGGAACAUAGCGGUCUAAUGAGUUGGCCACAAGGCCCUUUUAAGUCCAGGCAACAUUCCAGUGCGAUUGAUAACAACUUAUCUGCACGCGCAAUGCAACUAAGCAUGUACGGCAGCAUGAUAUCCAACGAAAGACACAGCCCGCAUAACGGAGGGGCGAAACGAUCUGAGAAGCCAUCACACAGCAAGUCUUAUCCAAGGGUCCCACCAACCGAGAAGCCAUCACAUAGCAAGUCUUAUCCAAGGGUCCCACCAACCGAGAGGCGGGGCCUGCUUUCUGUGAGAUCAGAAGGGUCUACUACAGUGAGAAAAACGGUGAACGUGGGAAGUGAAUCUCUUGUAGUCCCGGACAACAGAAAUGAUGGUCAUGAAAUGGAUUACUCGAGUGACGAGUCUGGUGGUGAGGAUGAACAUAUUGUCAGAAUCGACUCACCGAGUACACUCUCGUUCCGAGCUCCGUAACCUCUCUCUCUCAUGUACUCCUAGUUUAUUAUUCCACAGCCUGUUUGUUUGUUUGUUGUACAAUAAAAUUUGUUUUGUAGUGUGGUUAAAACUGAAGAAUUGUAAUAUAUGUAGUCCCAUGUAUUCUAAUACUAUGCCCAUGUAACAAGUAGCUAGGAUUAGAGGUGGACCACAUACCAAAAGAUUUUUUAUUUAUAUAGUCAUAUUUUAUUAUGUGUUA